AUGCGAUCCUGCAGUGGUCGUGACUCUGUUCGACCCGUCUACUUUUCCACCAAACAACAAUGCCUGUGUGCUCAACGCUGGCCUCUGUCCGUAUGCCCCGUAUACUUUGCGUCGCCUUCAACAACCUCUCGAAUCAUUGGCAAUGCAACAUUGGCCCCAAAUCUGGGCUAUAGUAGCUAUACCCCUCACUCACCGGGGCCAAUCGCCGGCCCAAGAGGGAGAUACCGAGAUGGCGACGACUCCAACGACAUGACACGGAGCGCUCGUCACUGGCCAUCUAUCACCAACGCGCCUGGGGUCUGUCCACCUCGCUAUCCGUCCGGCUUCUGUUUGUCAAGCACAUGA